GCCUUAACACGUUUUAUGUGCUGUUACUCAUAUUUAUAAUAGCAUAAAGGGCUAAAGACGAAAAAACAAAAGUUAAAGAUGCGGUGAAAGCCAAAAAUCCCAGUUUUAAACUUCUCCGUGGAGUUACGCAAAAACGUCGUGAAUUCUCCCAACGCCGUAAAGGACGUAAAAAAGCUGUCCGUCCUCCUGAUAUUUUCGUCAGAGAUGCUCCAUCAUCAGCUGGCUUCCCCCUUACGAGUCAUGUCUUUACACGCCUCUCCAGCUCGGUCGCACGACCCCGCCGCGCUAUUGACUCUUCACAGUUGAACGCUCACGGGGUGAGUGUGUGUGUGAGUGUGUGUUGGGGGGGUGGUUCGUCCGGCCCAUCGACGCCGCCUGCAGCUGUGCCCGUGGUCCAGAGAAGAGACAGUGCUCGCCAUCAUGACCUCGUCUUCUUUCUCCAAUCCUACGGAAAUUCGCUGAAUGCGGUUCGUGGCUGGACGAGGUUUCCACAGUAACCGCUCAUCAUCGGCUUCCAUUCUUUUUCUAAUGAGGACAGCCACGGGGAUCUAACACGGUUCCUCGCCGCGCGUCUCACCUUUGGAGUCGAACCUCAAGACGCGUCAAAGGUCUGCACAUGGGAGCAGGCAAGAGCAAGCCCAAGGAGCUGGGCUCGCGCUCCAUGAGCCUGGAUGGCACCAUAGGUACAGGAUCAGACAGUGGACACUUCCGUCAUCUGAGUCCCGCCCAGCAGACCCUCACCCCCGACCGGAGCCCUGCUGUAGGAUCAGGCAGACGGGGGCAUCAAGGGCAGCAGCAGCUCGCCCCCACAAACACUCCCGUGUUGGCUUUGUUUGGAGGGGUGGAUGACACGGGAACUCUCACGUCACCUCAGAGAGGACCUCUUUCAGGAGGUGUUACCACAUUUGUGGCUUUAUAUGAUUAUGAGUCCCGGACGGCCUCUGAUCUGACCUUUAGGAAAGGCGACCGGUUGCAGAUUGUCAACAACACGAAAAAGUACAGCUUCAGAGAAGGGGACUGGUGGCUCGCUCGCUCGCUGACAACAGGAGAAAGUGGUUACAUCCCCAGCAACUAUGUGGCUCCCUCAGAUUCCAUCCAAGCAGAAGAGUGGUAUUUCGGGAAGAUCACUCGGCGUGACUCAGAGAGGCUCCUUCUGAACCUUCAGAACAGACGAGGAACCUUCCUGGUGCGGGAGAGCGAGACCACUAAAGGGGCUUAUUGUCUGUCUGUGCUGGAUUAUGACAACGCCAAAGGCCUGAAUGUGAAGCAUUACAAGAUCAGGAAACUGGAUAGCGGCGGUUUCUACAUUACCUCCCGUACCCAGUUCACAAGCCUGCAGCAACUAGUCUUCCACUACCGCAAGCACUCUGAUGGCCUUUGCCACGCCCUUACAGACGUCUGUCCAGUGGCCAAACCUCAGACGCAGGGACUCGCUAGGGAUGCCUGGGAAAUUCCUCGAGAGUCCCUUCGCCUGGACGUUAAACUGGGACAGGGAUGCUUUGGAGAAGUCUGGAUGGGCACGUGGAACGGUACGACACGGGUAGCCAUUAAGACCUUGAAGCCUGGAACUAUGUCUCCAGAGGCCUUUCUUCAGGAAGCACAGGUCAUGAAGAAGCUCCGGCACGAGAAGCUGGUCCAGCUCUACGCUGUUGUGUCUGAGGAGCCCAUCUACAUCGUCACGGAAUAUAUGAGCCAAGGUAGCUUGUUGGACUUCCUGAAAGGAGACACAGGAAAGUUGCUUCGACUGCCACAGCUGGUAGACAUGGCAGCUCAGAUUGCAGCUGGCAUGGCCUAUGUGGAGAAGAUGAACUACGUCCACAGAGACCUGCGGGCUGCUAACAUCCUAGUGGGGGACAACCUUGUUUGUAAGGUAGCUGACUUUGGUCUGGCAAGACUGAUUGAAGACAACGAGUACACUGCAAGACAGGGUGCAAAGUUCCCGAUCAAAUGGACGGCACCAGAGGCAGCUCUGUACGGUCGUUUCACCAUCAAGUCUGACGUGUGGUCCUUUGGUGUGCUGUUAACAGAGCUGGCAACUAAAGGCAGAGUUCCUUAUCCAGGUAUGGUAAACCGUGAAGUGCUGGAUCAGGUGGAGCGUGGCUACAGGAUGCCUUGCCCCGCGGAGUGCCCUAGUUCCUUGCACGAGCUCAUGCUGUCAUGCUGGAGGAAGGACCCAGAGGAGAGGCCUACAUUUGAGUACCUUCAAGGCUUCCUAGAGGACUAUUUCACCUCCACAGAACCCCAGUAUCAACCUGGGGAGAACCUAUAGAAUCUCACUGAAUCAAAUCUGAAAAAAAAAAAUGGUAGGGGGGGUCUCAGCACUGAAUGAUCUGCACUAACCAACCAAGGAGCAUCUGAGGAGGAUCUGAGCCUGUGAAACUCUUCUGUGAGGAAGUGGAAGCUAAACCGAGACUGAUACCUGUGGAAGCCCACUGCUGUGCUUUAAAGGAACUGCUGCAGAAACUAUCCACUCUUGUUACCCCAUUUCUAAUGCACUGAAGAAGUUCAGAGGAGUAAAAGAACCAUGGUUGGACUUUGGGGUUGGAGGGGGAAAUUGUUUUUAAAAGGUGCAGCAAUGUGAGGAAUAACAUCAAGAUUUGUUGAUGAUGUGAGGAGUUCAAAUGCAACCUCCUCCCUUCCGCCAAGAGAGAAUAUUUAAAUUGGGCAUCAGCUGCUGAGUGACAUUUCCUUCUUUUUCUGUCGCAUUUCUCCACCUUUGUCUGGUACCUUUUCCGCCUACAGAAGAGCUCUGCUGCUGUGGCAUCCAUCCAUCUCCUUAAACACGCCUCAUCUCCUCUCUGCCUCUUUUUCUGUCUGGCCUUCACUACGUCUCUCCAGAUUUUAAGUGCUUCUUCUGGUCUCCACAUAAAUCUGUUUUCUGAAUUCUGCUUUGCGGUUUUAACUUCUUUUUUUACUUUGGGAAAAUGAUGUCGACUUAUCUAAGGGUUUGCUCAGUUGAGAAGGUUGCUAAAAUCAUCACGAAGCCAUGCCAAACGUAUCUAACAGGCAAGUUCUUAAAGUUACUGAAUUUCGACAUUUGAGGCCUUCUAUCGUGUUAAACCAUGUUGGAUCAAAACUCCAUUAAAAACCAAUUUUGAUGCAGUUUGUGGCUGAAUGCUUGUUGUCUUACAGUGGGAGCAAUUAGCACUGUUUCAGGACCACCUAAAAACAACAGCUCAAGAUGUUUUAGCUUUCUGUCCCAGAUAAGUGUAGUGACAUUCGUCAGGUGGUCUACAAAAAACCCCUGAAGGGGCCACAAAACCAAUCAGUAUGAGCCAUCGUCCAACUCAAGAAGGUGUGUUCUGUGCCAAACAUUUCUUUCCUGCUGUCAAUGUGCAAAUACUGUUUUACUUUUAUGAAGCUUGUCAUUGAAUACCACACAAUUAUUUACUUGAAUCCGCCAGGUGAUCUGUUUGUUGGUGAGUAAACCAGAUAGGUAACCAUUUUUACCAAUUGCUAAACUAAUUAGAUAGGUUUUAUUAACUUUUAUUACAUCUAAAAUAUGCAACCAGGCAACUCUAUUGAAACUGUAAACUUUUGAUCAGGUAACCCCAAUAAAACUGUGUUUGACUUCAAUAUAUGAGAGUUGAUUUUAAAGCCAGUUAGCAUGCUUAUGUGCUGUUCUUCUCUUGAUCAUUGGCUGGAUUUGUAUUUAUGCUGUGUUGUACAUGAACAUGUGUGAUUACUUAAGGUUCGGUUGAAGAUUUGGCAUCAUAUACAUUUUUUUUUUAAAUACAGUUUUUUUCCAUUUGUUUUUAGUCAUAAUGUACAUAAUGUAGAGUUUUUAGGAUUUUUCUUUUCUUGCUCAAAUUGCAGGUAUUUUAAUUUGGUGUCACAGGUUAAAGAUCUGCAGGAGCAGAUAUGAGAGUUUAGAUGGUUUAAGCCAGUUUUUAUAACAUGAGUCAUGCAGCAAUAAGAGACAGCAGUCUUCGCCCACUCACGUCACAAAGAAAUGACAAGCUGUGAUGUUGACUGAUUUUAACAUGGCUGAUUAUCAUAACCAGAACAAUAGAGUGUGGGUUCUGUUGUUACAGAAUCGUGUGAUUAAUGAGGUCAAAGAUGUAAAUAGUUUCCUAAACGAUUGACUGUGACUAUCAUGUAAUUUGUUUUUGUAUAGUUUUCAUUUCAUUGCACCUCCAAGUGGAGGACACGCCUGCUCCUACAAGAUUUAAUCAUAAACGGGACUGAGUUUUAUAUCUUAUGCUCCUUGUCAUAUAAAAGGCCAUGCUCAAAAUGUUUUUUUUGGUAUAAAACAGCUUAUAUUUGUUUUUUUGGGUAGAUGUUCAUCUUUUCAUGAAAAUAUAAUACUUUGCUUAUUUAGAAUGGGGGAAUUACCCUCCUUUUUUGGCACUUCCUUUCCGCCUGUAAGUCAUUGAGACUUUGUGGAAGUUAAGAAGGCUCAUGACAAACAUGAGUAACAGUGAAGUCAGGUUGUAUUUUUGGCUGCCAUUUUAAGAACUGUAACAAUCUUUCUCUCUUUUAAAAAGGAAUCUUUUUGCUUUUAUAAACUAUGCAUUUUCGGUCUUGCAUCCCUCUAAACUUUUGGCCACUAAAAAACAGUUCUUAACCGGUGUGAGCAUUUUGUAAAGACUAUUUUUUUUUUCCUAAUGUAACAAGAAUUGAAAUUGGUAUUGUGCCACUUUAUGUUGAUCUUUAAAUGUGCAAUAAAUUAUAUUAUUUCAAAAGUGUUUUGAUAA